AUGUCUGACUCUGAGGAGCGUGCGCCCUCGCGCACUAAGGGAAAAAGGACAAUCUCAGGCCUCACUGCAGCCCAAAUAACGCACAAACGGGAACUUGAUCGGAAGGCCCAAAGGGCCAUGCGACAACGUACCAAACACCGCAUCGAAGAACUCGAAAAUGACAUCGCCGUUUUCAAGAAUUCAUUCUCGCAGCGGGAAAAGUCUAUGAUAGAAGAGAUUCAGCUACUGCGUGAUCAGAAUCGUCAGCUCAAAUCUUCCCUUGAGAGCAUUGGACAAUUUGCUAUAGGUAAUAUUCCGGUACUUCCAGAAACAGACAUACAACGCGCAACAAGUGGCGUUAGUGCCACUAAGCAAGUGAUAUCAACCCCAGAAGACGGUCGGCGAGGUAUAGACAUUGCACAACCCCAAUCAGUCACGGCCGAGCCUCACCUUGUCGAUCAUGGCAUGUAUCUCGCGGAUCAAAUUUUGUUGGACUUCAUCAUCUCGCGACGAUCUAUGCUUGCUCGAGGUGUACCUCUAGCCGAUGUCCUUGGCGCGGAACAAAUAUGCCCCAGUGAUCUCCUGAAUCCAACAGCAGCUCCGAGCUCACACGCCAUAAGCCGUAUAAUGGCGGAAGUUCUUACAACGUUUCCACACGUGAACAUGCCAGAAAAGCUGGCCUUUAUGUAUCUCAUGCAUCAUACCACGCGUUGGCAAAUAUCGCCGAACAGCGAAAGCUAUGCUCGCAUGCCCGUGUGGCUUCGGCCGACUGUAAUGCAGGUUACUAUUCCGCAUGCUGCUUGGAUUGAUAACAUUCCUUGGCCCCGUGUGCGAGAUAUUCUCAUUGGAGAUCCCGAUCGAUACCCCUUCGCCGUCUUUUCUGAGCUAUACUCUCAGCAUGUUACGAUUAGUUGGCCCUACGAUUGUGAAGAUAUCGUCGUAAAUUCAGAGGAAGGAAAGCCACUGAACACCAUCUUCGAAAAACAUAUUCUGCGGCUAAGUAAUUGGUUUGCUCCUCGUCAGUUUCGGGAUUUCUUUUCCGAAUGGACAUCCGACGUGUAUAUUGAUGAGUAG